UGUUGUGGAAAUCUAUUUGCAAAAUUAUUUCCAAAAUAUGGUACAAACGAGGCGCGUAAGCGUGAAAUAUUAUCAGCUGCAGCUGCCACUGGUGUUUCGGUGGCUUUUGGUGCACCUAUCGGCGGAAUUUUGUUUAGUCUAGAAGAAAUUAGUUAUUAUUUUCCGUAUAAAACAUAA